UGCACGGACAGUUUUGAAUUUUAACAUUGUGUUCUGGCUAUGCAAAUUUCUUGAUUUUGGAUUUCUGGACAAAAAAUUUGUCGCGGCAGCUUUUGGGAAUUCUCAGCCACACAUGGACGAUAUUUUUAGUCUCUUAUUUCGAGUGAUCCGUGCGCACGGACGUUGUAUUUGGGAGUGAAUUUUGCCGCGCAUCGCAAGCUAACAUUCAGUUUUUUUAAUACUUAACAUGGCUGACACUCAAUAAUGAAGAGGAAACCACUUAGUGUUGUUGACUGUCGUAACAUGAAGGUUUGAAGGAAAUUCCAACUUUAUUUGAGCUUUGAUGCAGUAGGCAAUGAUGCAGGAAGCCUUGUGCUUUGUGCUGGUAAUGUGCCUUCAGCCAGUGGCACGAAGGUUUUAGGUUGUGGCACAAAAUUGUAGCAGCUUGUUAAGAGACCAUUACUGUGUGUGUCCUGUAUAUACCGCAAAAAUUCAUAAUGUCUGUCCAGGGAGCCAAGAAAAAGGAAUCUGAUGAAAGUCCUGCAGCACCAGACAGUACAACAAAGGAGCGUUGCUGUUUCACUGAAGGUGAAGAUGUACUACUGCAGCAGAAGGAUGGCCGUUAUUAUUUAGGAACAGUCGUUGAGGUUGAUCUGUCAGCAGAAAAAUGUUUGGUGAAAUUUGGGGACAACACUGAGAGUUGGUCAUCUUUUAAAGACUUGGCAAAAUUAUCACAUCCAGAUUCCUCAAACAUUCUAUGUGUAAUCUGCAAAAAAUCUACUCCAAAAUCAGAUAAUGAGAUAAUUGUGUGUGACAAAUGUGGUCGUGGUUAUCAUCAACUGUGCCACCAACCUCAUGUAGCCAAAGACUGCUCUGAAUCAGAUUCUGAAUGGAUCUGUAAGAGGUGCCUGGAGAACAUGCCAGCUAAAGUAAGGGAUAGUAAAAGUACAAAAAAGGACACAGUUCGAAAAGUGUCAGGCCUGUCAGCAGUUUCCAGGCAAGAUAUUCAACCAAAUCAGACUGACAAACACAAACUACCUUAUGAUCCAGAUGUUCUGACGUGGGAUUCUGCUCAUCGGGUUAACUUGGAACAACGAUAUUGUUACUGUGGAGACAGUGGAGAAUGGUUUAUGCAGAUGUUACAGUGUGGGCGUUGCCAACAGUGGUUUCAUGAAAGAUGUGUACGCUGUUUGCAGUAUCCUCUUUUUUGUGGAGAUAGGUUUUAUGUAUUUGUUUGUUCAUUAUGUAACCACGGAAAGGAGUUUGUGAGACGGCUUGAGAUGAAAUGGGUUGACAUAAUACAUUUGACGCUAUUUAAUCUAACUGUGUAUAACGCCAAGAAAUACUAUGAUCUAGAUACUACUAUAGUUCCAUAUGUUAACAACAACUGGACCGCAUUUCAGCUUCCACCAAAGAUCCUCGAUAUAGGUGUAGAAGAAAGGAGAGACAACAUACUAUCAGUAUUGACUAAUAAUAGAAAUAGGUUCAAAUGUGGCCGUGAGAUAAAGAAACGAACAACGAUUUGGGGUCUUCGUGUACGUGUUCCUCCACCUGCACCAACAUUUACACUGCCAAGUGUUCGACCAGUCAGUGAUGCUGUAUUAAAGGAGCGCUGGAUGGGAAACAAGCGGUUAAAAUUCCUUCCACCCUCACUAAGUGCACUUGUGUCAGGAAAAUGCCACCUUGGUAAAGGAUUUUGUCACAGUGAAAACUCUUCAGGCAGCAAUCAAAAUUCCAUUAAGACUGGAGGGUCAGCAAAUUCAAACUCCAAAGAUAUUUCACCAUCUUGUACAAAUGAUGGCCACCCCACUACAAAUGGACUGCCACCUACACCAGGAAUUAAGAUAUUACAUAUUAAUUCCAUGUCUGAUGCAAGACAUACAGCAAGUGAAAAGGUUUCAGCAAGAAACUCUGAUCGCUAUAGUGGUGGUGGUUUUGUCAAGAAGUCAUCUUCUUUGUCUCCUGCAAAUCGGUAUACACUUCAGCAGACUCUUCUAAGGCGAAGGCAUAAAAACCUAAGAGGCUGUGUUGUUCAAACACAGAAAGAAAGGUUGUUGAGGCGGCGGCGGCAUAAACAGCAACAGAUAGAGAACCACGCAAAGAAUUUUACUGCCCGUAAAGCUCGGAAAUUGCUUAAGAAUGCAAUUGCACAGAGUCAGAAAUGCAGCCAGGAAUUACCACCUACACCUCCGUCCUCAUCAACUCCAGACACACCUCAAGCUGUUCCAUCAGCUGCAUCUUCAUCAUCAUCCACAGUUACAACUCCAGUGCCAACUGAAUCAUCAGCUGCAGGUCCUGGCUCUCAAACAGUCCCACCAACAGAAAUUUCGUUUGUUCCUCCUUCAACUCCUGGGGAUACCAGUGGUGAUGAAACCUCAUCCCGGGGAACACUGGACUCGUUUAUUCCACCGCCAAAAGAUUUUGAGGGGAAAAAUAAUCCAUUUCACAGCUUAACUGAGCUGCUUGCAGCACCAAGUGGUUUGAAUGUUUCUGGGAGUUUGUUUAGUUCCUGUGCAACACAGAACUCUCAGAAUAUAAAUCCAAUUACACUUCCUCUUCCUCUCAAUCCAGUUCUCCCCCAUCCAUUGCCCCCACGACCUGCCAAAAGGCAGUUAAGUGAGAAAGAUAUUAGAAUAGAUAGAAAUGGUGAAGUGAAGAGGCGUAGGCAUCGUCGCAGUCGUUUGGGUUCAGUUAGUGGAAGCUCUGUGCAAUCUUUAGCAAAUUCAUCUGGAGGAACAGCAAGUAAAACAGCAGCCUAUGUUCCAACGCGUCCAGAUCAAGCUGUAAAACCAAAUGAUGUAUGGUCUAGUGGCAUGACUUCAGUACGCUCAUUGCGAAGCAUGUAUUCGAGCAGUAGUGGUGGGCCAUCAUCUUCCAGCAGUGUCAAUGGUGGUCAGAUUAGUAGCUGUAUGGACUAUGCAUUAAAUGGAAGGCGUUUGAGAGCAACACAGAGACAAGAAACAAAAGUCAGUGAUAAAAAAUUAGUUUCUCAGUCUGCAUCUUUAAAAUCUUCACCAGUGAAACAAAACCCUGUACAGAUAUCUAUGGAUGAUCUCAAAUCAUCAGUCAAUAUAUAUUUCGGUGCAGCAAAUCGAAUUGCUGCUGGAGAGAAGUUCACAAUUAGAGCUAAGAGGACUACUCCAAUGGGUAAGACACAGUAUCUUAUUGAGUGGGAAGGUCCUUCUGCGUAAUAGUUAAAGUGAAAUGAAUAAAAAUCUCAAAGUAUUAUUGUACAAAUAAUAUAUGUUUGGAAUACCAGAUAACUGAGCAUUUAUCGGUGUAUUAAUGUUUUGUGUUAUGUGAAGUUAUUUGGCUUUGUGGGACUGUGUUUCUAUAUCGUGAAAAUGAAUGCUCACGUGUAUUCUAUUUCCACCACUCUCACAUUUUUGAGGGGGUUACAUAAAUGUGUAAUGUAGUCCUCUAAGAUCGCCGAUGUUUACAGUGACCAUGUUAAAAUUAUAUUAUAGUUACCUACUAUUUCUUAA